AAACACACUCACUCCCACACACAGGAACACGCAAAACUCACAAAAAACAGACACACGCACACGCAAAAAAAAUUUAGUUACCUAUAACCUGUUUUGUCUAACCGUAGCAGGUCAGACCUAUAAAGACAAAUCAAAACACUUAAGCAAAAAGAAAAGAAAAGAAAAAAAAGAAAACCACAGACUUCUCGAAAAGUCCCUCAGAUGGGACAGUUUCCAAAUUCCCCCGAAACACUAAACGAAAGAAAAAGGACAAAAUAAAAGGAAGAAAGAAAGAGAGAAGACGAAGAAAAAAAAGAAAACAAAAACAAAACAAAGCAAAAGAAAAAAACAACAACAACAAACAACGUAGCACCAAGAAGAGGGAAGGAUAGGCAGCCGACCGAUUUGAAAAAGGGAAACCAGCUCGAGGUUCAAUGGACCCCGGUAGAAUCUUCCAGAUCAUUACCAACAGCACGCUUCUGGCGACGCGUCUGCUGAGUGGGCCGGGAUCGGGUCCCCUGGAGUUCACACAUCCCCGCUACUGUGUCACACUGCCGGAGGACACGCAGGUAGCAGCCCUCGUUGCGAAUGUUACGGCUUUGCACAGCACAGGUGCGGGCGUGAGAUAUAGCAUCACCGGCGGCAACAGGGACGGACUCUUCACCAUUCAGAAGCAUAAUGGCCUCAUCACCCUCGCCGCCUCUCUGGAUUAUGAAACGCAUGCCCAUGUAGGUAGCGGGGAAGGUGGUCGCAUGUGUACGUAAGGACAUGUAUGCACAUCACAUGCGCAUGUGCACGAAAAGGUUUAGAUUCAUAUCCAAACUUCCACGCACGCAUGUAGACACACACACACACACACACACACACACACACACACACACACACACACACACACACACACACACACACAAAACACACACACACACACACACAAACACACGCGCGCGCGCGCAUUUAAUUUAUAUUGAAGAACGCGUUUCCUGCUUUAUUUACAGGAUUAUAUCCAUUGUCUUGAUCUUGAUAAAUAAAAGAAUCAUUUUUUUUUUUUAUACUUUACGUAAAUUCUCAAAAGUCUCUACAGGUAGGUGUAUUUGGAGUGUAACAACACCCACUCACUCUUUUCAAAUCCCAUUUGUAUGUUAUUCCUUACAACAACAAGAUUUCCAUUGAAGAAAAAAUAGGACGGAGGUGUUUCUAUUCGCAAACACAUUUUUACCCAAGUUUCCCCUUCAAGAUUCCAGACUUUGGAAGUGUUUUGAGUGAACAGAAAACGAGAUCCCGGAACCGACUGGCAUGCAUAGAAAUUUUCAUUGAUGAUGUUGAAUAAGUGCAAACCUGUCAAACAAAUGUCAAGGGAAAGAGAGA